AUAAAUUCAACCCGAGCAUAAACAGUAUUAUUGGUUUUUUGUGAGUUUCACACAUACAACUUAACACAUAACGUUUACCUAACAAGUACAAGGUAUUUACGAUGAAAUCAAACAUGAAUGUUCGUUGUACCGUGUUAAUUGCAGUUUGUUUCUUUAGCAUCAUCAUUUCAUUAGAUGCUAAGGAACUUAUGGAAAACUUUAAAAGAAAACUCAUUGCAGCUGGUUUGAGCUGUUGUUUUUCUUCCGUAAACACCCAAACCUUGCACCCAGACUAUGAAAGGGCGGUUAUCUGUGCAAUGUCAGAAUUUGAAUGUCAUAAUGAAUUCGAAGGAGCCAAAGAAUUAACUAAUGCAACAAGAGCUAUGGUUAUCGGCAGACCAGACCUGAUGCUAGACGAAAGAGAACUGCUGAGUGCUCAUAUAGAUCCAGGAGUUCAAGAAGAAAUAUACGAGGUCGUCCAAUGGUUUGGAAAUAACGUAGUACGUGAUAAUUAA